AUGGCUGUACAUCCGCCACAGCUUCGACUCAAUGAGCAAAAUAUCGGGCCAGUGUUGAUGUCUGCAUGUAAGAUGGAAUCACCUGCUUUGUUGAAGAAAUGUGCAUUAAUGCUGCUCGCCCAGCAAACUCAGCUUUCUGUUUUCGUCCGUCUGUCUUUGUUGGAUCGAUGUUUCCUGCACGAGAUG